CGCGUCUUCAGUGGAUGCAAAGCCCCAUUUCACUAGCUUUAAGUACAGUACUUUAGGUACAUUGGGAAGAAAUUGAGUGCAUGUGUCUUCUAGACUUCACUUCCAUGUUGCACUACAUCAUUGCAUUCAAAAACUUAUGCUUCUUUCCGUAAAAGAUGCUGAUAGGAAUUUGUGGCGCAAAAUGUGCCGGUAAGAGCACAGUAGCUCAAUACCUAAUAGAGCAUCACGGCUUCAAGAAGCUGCACUUAAAAUUCUCAGCACCCAAGAGCGAGACUCACCCGGACGCAUCCGAUUCCGAUGCAGGUUUGAUCAUCUCCGAUGCCCCUAAGAAAGGUCUCCCUCUACUUCGGAAGCAGAUAUCCCCAUCUUAUGCCUUCUCUACAACUACGGCCCUUCUGGACUUCGUAACGAAACACUGGCGCUCGCGCUGGGUUACAACAGACGUCCAUGAUGAGGCCGUCCUCGAUACCCUGAGUCGACGACCAUUCUUCAUUCUAAUCAGCGUCGACGCGCCUCUGACUGUGCGGUGGCAGCGUUACCAGCGACGAAGUAGUGAGCAACAGGAGACGGAAAAUCAAGACCCCAUCAGUCUAGAAGAGUUUGUAUCCCAAUCUGAUCAGCAUCUCUAUGAUGUCUCGCACGGUGUUCUCCCGCUCAUGUCACGGGCCGCGAUCCGGUUGCUGAACACCUCCUCGGACCUUGCACACCUGUACGCCACACUGGGUAAGCUGGACUUGACGAAUCCCGACCGCCUGCGCCCUAGCUGGGAUAGCUACUUUAUGGCUCUAGCAUCCCUCGCGGCGCAGAGGUGUAAUUGCAUGAAACGCGCUGUAGGGUGCGUAUUAGUAGAUUCCAGACAUCACGUCAUUAGCACGGGCUACAACGGGACCCCACGGCACCUAUUAAACUGCGGCGAAGGUGGCUGUCCGCGGUGUAACUCGGGAGAGAGCAGCGGAGCGGCAUUAUCUACCUGCCUUUGCCUUCACGCGGAGGAGAAUGCCUUAUUAGAAGCCGGACGUGAGAGGAUUCGCGACGGAAGCAUUCUGUACUGUAACACAUGUCCAUGCCUGACGUGUAGUAUCAAAAUUGUACAGGUUGGUAUCACCGAGGUAGUAUAUAGUCAAGGAUACAGCAUGGACACGGAAACGGCCGAAAUCUUUCGGAACGCUGGGGUAAAGUUAAGACAGUUUUCUGCGCCGGCCAACGGACUAAUACAUCUAGAGAAGAUGGAGCUCUACUGAUGCCUAAAGUAUAAUGGAUAGAUCUUGCAUGCUCUUUUAUACCUUCUGGAUUGCGAGGCUUGCGGGAAAUCUGGAUACACGGGUGACUUAGAUAGGAGGAGCAAAGAAAGGACUUUUAGACAAGGAAUCACUUAUAUGAUU